CAACGGGUUGUCAUUGGCGGGAUUGGGCGGAACAGUUUGAAGGUUUCGCAUAUCCGGAGAUUUGGGUCCGAAUCUCCCAGACUCAAGAGGACUAGCUAUAGGGAUAUUAGAGAAAAUAUUUGACAAAUGGCACCCACGCGGCCACAGAAGCAGCAUGGCUCUUCGGCGCUUCAGUGCGGUGUCCUUACUCUUGGUGCUUUCGUUGUUGUCCUGGCAUGGUUGCGUAGAAGCCGGUCCUACCGACGACCGUCGAUCGGGGGCCGCGGAUGAGGAUACGCGAAGCCAAAAGAUUUUCUCCGGACGAUGUUCCUUCUCCUUGACUAUCUCUCUCCGGGAAAUUGCCAGUCAUGCAGAUCAACUUAAUCCCUGCGUCGCUGGUAGCGAGUUGCAUGCUUUUGGUUUACGAUUGGGCUUGUACACUAGAUCGGGAGGUGGAUUUCGUCUGGUCACAUCCCCUAUCGUUUAGUGCCAUGCUAUUCUUCAUAAAUCGAUAUCUACCCUUCGUAGAUGCAUUUACCUCCAUGAGCUUGUCAUUUACCCAGAACUCUCCUGAGAAAUGUAUUAAGCAUUUCAAAGUCGUCACCUGGUUUACGGUGGUGGGGAUUCUUCUUUGUGAGGUGAUUUUGAUGCUGCGAACGUAUGCUAUCUGGGAGCGGAAAAGAUCAGUCAUGAUCGGAUUUAUUAUACUUAUCUUGGUUGUGGCCGUCCCGUCGUUUGUGUUCACGGGUCUAGAACUCAAUUCCCUUGUCUAUAGAAAAGCGAGCAUAGGAUGUCAUCUGGUACAUGCGAGUCCCAUCAUCAUGGGGGCAUAUCUUCUACUAUUAUUCUGCGAAACUGUCAUCGCUGUGCUUAUGCUAAUAAAGGCGACACGGCAUUUACGACCGCCAUAUUCGCCGUGGGUUGCGAAGUUGUACCGAGAUGGUUUAUUGUUUUACCUGUAUCUUCUCGCCCUCUCUUUGGCCAAUGUCGUCAUCCCAAUUUGCAUACCGUCUCUCUCCAAUUGGCUCGCAACGUUGGUCUAUGCUCCUUUUUCUUCUUUGCUCUUCUUGAUGUAUAUUUGCAGACCCCAGCGUGUCUUCCAUUCCAUCUUUUGUACUCGAAUUUUCCUCUUGAUCAUGAAACAACGCAGUCCACCAAGGUCACCCAUCUUAGAUAGCACGGAUUUGACGAUUUUUAUGGCUGAUUUCCCGUCUGGCUCUGGAGUGACAGACUCGUCGGCGCUGGCUUCCUCCUCAUCAAUGCCGGCAUGAUCAUGACCAUCACGAUUAGUUAUUUCUUCAUUUGUAGAAGCUGUAAUAUAGUUAUACAUUUGUAUCUUUAUCUACUCUUACCAGCUAUGUAGCGCUUUGCUUUGAGCUCUC